AUGUUGAAGUCAUCAUUGCCACUCAGCUUCCUCUUAAUUCUUCACCUGCCUCUGCUGGCGGUGGGGCUGGCCACCAAGAAUAUCUCUUCCAGUGAGAAUGAAGACAUCGUAGCUGAUUUCUUCCUGACAGCUCCACGGCCCACUGACACCCUCAGUGCCGCCAUCCCGUCCCUCCCGGAGAUUCAGUGUUUUGUGUUCAAUCUUGAGUACAUGAAUUGCACUUGGAACAGCAGCUCUGAGGCCCAGCCCACCAACCUGACUCUGCACUAUUGGUACAAGAACAAUAAUACAUUCCAAGAAUGUGGUCACUAUCUGUUCUCCGGAGAGAUCACUUCAGGUUGUUGGUUUCCAAAAGAUAAGAUCCAUCUAUAUCAAACAUUUUUUGUACAGCUCCAGGAUGCCUUGAAACCGAGAAGGCGCGACACAAAGAUGUUGAAGCUGCAGAAUCUGGUGAUCCCUUGGGCUCCAGAGAAUCUAACACUUCGCAACCUAAGUGAAUUCCAGCUGGAAAUGACUUGGAAAAGCAGCUUGUCUGAGAAUUGUUUGGAGCAUCUGGUACAGUACCGGAGUAAUCUGGACCACAGCUGGACUGAACAAUCAGUGGAUCACAGAAAUAGUCUUUCUCUGCCUAGUGUGGAUGGACAGAAGCUCUACAUGUUCCGAGUUCAGAGCCGCUUUAACCCUCUCUGUGGAAGCUCUCAACUUUGGAGUGAAUGGAGUCACCCAGUCCAGUGGGGCAGCAAUGAUUUAAGAAAGAACUUUCCAUUGUUUAUGUGGGAGAUUAUCCCCCUUGGCUCUAUGGCUCUGAUUAUUGGCAUCAUCUGCAUAUAUUGCUUUUUGAAAAGGGCCAUGCCCCGAAUUCCUACCCUCAAGAACCUAGAGGAUCUGGUUACAGAAUACCACGGGAACUUUUCGGCUUGGAGUGGUGUAUCUAAAGGAUUGGCAGAGAGUCUGCAACCAGACUACAGUGAAAGGCUCUGCCAGGCCAGUGAGAUUCCUCCCAAAGGCGGGGCCCUUGUGGAGGGACCCGGCGGCUCUCCCUGUAUCCAGCAUGGCCCCUAUUGGCUUCCCCCCUCAUGUUAUACAAUGAAACCUGAGACCUGA